AUGGCAUUUGAAGCUGAAAAUUGGUCACAAUUAUGGCUAAGUGAAAAUGGACAAAAAAUUCUCGCUGAUAAACGAUUAUUUGAAAAUGCUCAACAGGUGAAAAUAAUUGAGAAACAAAUUGAGUACACACAUCGCCUUAUUGCACAUAAGCGGAAAAUAAUUGGCACAUGGCAAAAUGGUACCGUUCAAAAAGUUCACAAAGAAGAUCAACUACGAAUGCUUGAAGAGGAAAAUUUGGAUAUGGAAAAAAAGAUGACUGAAUGGUUAAAAGUAAAUCAACGAUUAUUGAACAUAUUUGAAGCGAUGAAAGAUCGUGAAGUUGAGAUGAUCUUUGCUACGGAGCGCUGCAAGCAACGAAAUAUGCAAAUUCGGCACGGUGUACUCUUGAGAUCCAUUUAUUUCAUUCUACGUGCCGCGGGACCGCGUCCUCUUUACGUGGACACGGAAAGGCGGGAGGAGGGGAAAGUGGAAAAGGUGCGUGGGUGGCGGGAUCGGAGUUGCGAGAUUUUGCAUAGGAAUAAAAAAGGAGUGGGAAAAUUAUUUGUUGAAGUUAUGGGGCCAUCGUCGCUUGGAAACCGGUUGCUAAAUCGUCUAAUGAAUUCGGAAUCGAGGAACACGCAUCGACCGAUUGAUGAUGAUGGUUACAAUGAGCUAUCACGUCGAUUAUUGUCAUGUUUGGAUAUUGAAAGUGAAAAGAAUGCUGCAGAAAUAUUGAAACAUCCCUCAGUCGCGCGGUUAAUCAUUCGACGUGAAUUAGGACUUCAACGAACUCAAUGCAGUUUUGGUAGAAAUGCUUUACGUUCACUUAUUAUGCCGAGUGAUUUUGGUUUAUUUGAUCGAUUCCUGGCUAGUGUUUAUUUUGAUUUUAUUUUGCAGGAUAAUCGGAGAUAUGCCUUAUGUAAAAAACACGAUGCAAAAGGUUUUCUUAAUGUCGACGGCAGAGGAUUAAUGGUUGCACAUAAAGCACGCAAAAUCUACAAUAUUGAUAUUUUGGAGCCAUUAUGCCGAUUGGAUAUGUUAGAUGAAACAGAGAAAAUUAUGUCGACACUUUGGGUUGAACUUGUUGUUGACUUGCAGGAAGGAACAUCGAACUCUUCGCCGUUCUGGGUGCUAAUUUUAACACAAAAUCGUUUGCUAUGCAUUGAUCCCCUACGUCAGUCAGUAGAGGCUGAAUUUAUACUGCCAUCAGACUCCUGUAAAUUCAGUUGCUUAGCACCCAAUGAACUCGGUCGAACAUUUUGCUUAUUUGGACACAUGUUGCCGCAGAAUAGUGUACGAGGCAGCAGUACCAGUGGAACAGAUUGUGUUAUCGGCAUUUUUGAUGUUUAUCCGCUUAAAUUCAAAGGCAUGUUUCGCAUCACUAAAGAGGUUUUUGGAAAUGUUACAAAUGUAAGCGUAAUAUCUGAUAUGGUAAUUGUUUUCAAAAAAAAGCCUUAUGAAACGGUGCUGUAUAAUUUGAUCGAUUUUCAAAAUCAUACUGAAGAGGGAUUGUAUGACUCUGAAUUACGAUUUGAUAGAAAAAUAGUUUUGCCUAUACCUACUUUAAUUAUAUCUGAACCGGUCAAAUGUGCAAGAGUUGCAGGUAACUGGUCAACACUAGAGUAUAGUGGUGUACCAUAUCACUUGUUGGGCAUUUCAUAUUCGUCUAAAAAAUCGUACAUGUUGGUUGAUGCUGCAAAAAUGACAGAACCGGCCUCAUUACCAUUUCCGCUUCAGCCAUCGAAGAAUACAUCACUUCAAGUAGAAGGAGCCAGUUUAAUGUUUCAUUCAGAUGAGUCGGGACGAUUGCUUCGUUUUGAUGGACCAGCAAUUGUAUCAUAUAAGAUGCAACGAUCUAUUGAUGAUAAAAUGUCAUUUCAAGAAGUAUGGCGAACCAAUUUAUGGGUGAAGGAUAGCUUUUUUCAUGAGAAGCUUGAAAGCAGCGUAAAAAUUAAAUCAAGUUUUGGGCGGCAUAUUAAGCCAACAUCAGAUUUCGAGCAAGACUUUCGACUGGUCAUCAAAGGAGUAGAUGUCGAUAUUGAAAGCCAAAUUAUUGCUAUUAUUGCGGAAUGUGACCUUCAUUCGCCAGUUUUUGAUGAUCCAAGCCGACCGUUCGAUGCAAUGUCUCGCCGCAAUAUAUACCUGGAUGAGGUUGAUAUGUGCACUGUAAUCUUUUUAUUGGAUGAUGUUACUGGUACUAUUUUGAAAAUUGCUAUGAUGCGUGAACCGAUCAAAGAGAAUACUAUCUUACAUUUUGAUAUGUCUGGUGUAUUGAUGUGCUUUAACCAGCGAGGGCCUCGAAAAUCAUACCUUGAAGUUCAGCGUUUGCAGGAAAUAGGAGUUAUUGAAUGGGAGAAACAGAAACGUAAUGAACUCGAACUGUAUGAUAUAAAGUAUAAUUCAAGCGUCCUUAGCAGACGGCAAACACGGCUUCGUGCUCGAGAAGAAAAUAUCAGUUUAACAACAUCAAGUAGCAGCCGAACAUUUGAUAGAAGACAUGGUUUGCCAGAUGGCAGUGGGCCGAGUGGAAGUCGAGAACCAGUUUCAGGACCUCGGCGUCGUAAACGUUUACGAAUUGUUUACUUAGGUGAUACAGAUUCAUCGGAUUCAGAUUAUCGACCACAUAGUCGAUGA